AUGUUCUAUGCAAUUCAGCCAAUUGUUCGUGAGAAGUCACAUCCCUCAAAGCAGUCACGACGUCUUACUAUUCUAGUUGAUGCGAAUCAAAUUGAUUUGGCGAGAACUUUGUUAUUGACUGCUCGGAAAGACUUCCAUUUUGAAUCAAAUACAUGCAUCUUUAACAUUUUGGUUAAACAUCACUGGAAAACUGACAAAGCUUGGGACGUAGUCGAAUUCAUGAAGAAAAAUGGAUGUAAUCCUAACGUAAUCAAUUACCCGGCGACAACAAAUGGGUUCUGCAAGGAGGGAAGACUGAAGGAAGCCAAGAAAAGUGCCGGUCUGAAACUUGAUAUUGUUAUCUAA